CUAAAAACAUCUGACCAAAGACUCGUGAUUCUCAUUCUACUUCGUGAAUACACUGACUCAAGGGCUUGUUUAUUCCACAUUGAUCCAUACUUGUUUGUCCCAGUUGUUGCCGGCACAUUGAGUUUACUCCUUAAUCAACGAAUAUUCUCAGAAGGAUGUUUAUUUUCAAAUGUGCUCACGUUAUUUUUGGCAUGUUUUUCCUGGGCGUAUCGGUUGGGGAGAACUGUGAAGGCUGGCUUCGUUACGGUUAUUUCUCUCAUUUCACAAGUACACCAUUCUCACCGUGCCCAGGAGCAAAUUCUACCAUCGUCAAUCUUCAUCAAAUAUCUUCUUUGCCAAGCGCUUCAAAUCCGGUAUUUCGCAGCUCGUUCCAGUUUCCUAGGGCGCCAAUUAUGAAGAUGGAUUGUCUCAAUGAAGACCCAGUCACGUGGAUGAAGCUGAAAGAACCUGUCUUACUAAAACAUUGCCAAUUUUUUGAACGAGCUUUGAAGUGGAAUCUUGAGUACCUUUCGAAGGAGUUAACAGAUGAAUACGCUGUGUCUCUAUCAGAUUCCAGGAAAUUUCUGUACUAUGACAGUACGGUUGACUAUUCGAAUUACGAGAAAUCAGGAUGGAAGCCGCCGUACAGAAUUCAAUAUAACAGCUUUGAGGAGUUCUUGGAAAUGGCCUCUGAGCUUUCACAAGCGGACAAUGGAACGCAUGCGUAUUUCCAGACUCUGCUCCUAAACGAGGAACAAAAUACAUCAGUUCAAAGCGAUCUGAAUAAUUUCGACUAUAGCUGGCUUCUUCACGUUGCAUUUGAGCUGGGUUGGAGCACGAAUGUUCUUAACAUGUUGUUUGUUGGUAUGCCCGACGUAGUAACACCGUUACAUUACGAUAUCAUGGAGAACGUCUUUAUACAGCUACAAGGCAGAAAACGGUUCAUUCUGUUCAGUCCGGAUCAAUACACGAAUCUUUACCCUCAUCCGAUUGGCCAUCCCCACGAUCGUCAAUCCCAGGUGGAUUUAGACACGCCAGAUUACGAAAGAUUUCCCAAGUUUCGCAAUGUUCAAUCCAUCGAGGCAAUCCUGGAACCUGGAGACGUGUUGUAUGUUCCCACGAACUGGUGGCAUCAUGUCGAGUCGAAUAAGAACGACUUCACUGUGUCUCUGAAUUUCUGGUUCGAGGAUCAUCUAUCAGAGAGGAUCACCUCAAAGAUUGCAGCCAGCGCUGCAUCCGGUACCCAGUCAACACUGACACCAACAGAAAAUAUGGCUUUCAGAAGACACAUCGAGACCAUCGUUUAUAACAUGACGAGGAGCCCAGAGAAGGUGAAAGAAAUACUCGAAGAUAUUUUACAUGGCAGAUUUGGGAGUUAACAUUACCGUAUCCUAUGAUAUUAUAUUCUCUUUUCCUCUCCCAUUCGUCCUCAUUCUGUACCUAAUAAUCUCCGCAACAUUCCUAAUACCUCCCUUGCCACCACUAUCCCCUCAUACCACCUCUAUGAUAGCAUCUUUCCCAUACCUUACUCCUACACUAUCCUUACAACCCCCUCCCCUCAAACCAAUAUGUGCAAAACUGCAUCCAUCGUAACUGUCUCCCGGAAAGCCUAAUAACUUUUCACCGUCUCUAAUUUACCAUCACGGCUACAAAAUGAAGUAGUUACCAAAAUAUGGUUAGGAAUAACAUUUGGGAAAUUUGACCAAAGGGUGUUUAAUAAAAAGUUGAAACCUUUUGGUAUAUUAAGGUUCAUUUCACUUAUCUAUCCAAGCAACGUUUAUGGUAUUACCCCUCUGGGAUUUUCAUUGUACGCGUGUUUUCAAGGCAGCCAAUCACAGCCGUUUCUUUACAUCAGCCU